AUCUCUCUCUCUCUCCUUCUGUUGAAUGUGGUGAAGUCGUAUAUUUCAGACAAGGGUGUUUGCUGUAUUUGUGUUGCACUCUGUACUGUGUUGUAAGGAAGAAGAAGAAGAAGAAGAAGAAGAAGAAGAAGAAGAAGAAGAAGAAGAAGAAGAAGAAGAAGAAGAAGAAGAAGAAGAGUGUGAAUACAGCAACACAAGCCUACCUGUGUUCACCUGAAAGCUACUACACAAAGAUCAGCAUGUCAAACAGAGGUCCUGCCUUUGGUAUGUCCCGGGAGGUUCAGAGUAAGAUUGAUAAGAAAUACGACCCGGAACUGGAGGAAAGGUUGGUGGAGUGGAUCGUUGCCCAGUGUGGCUCUGGAGUGGACAAGCCUGAGCCGGGCAAGACUGAAUUCCAAAACUGGCUCAAGAAUGGAUGUGUGCUGUGUGAUUUCAUCAACAGCCUGUAUGGAUCCAACAAGCCGAUAAAGAGCAUCAAGAGCACCAGCAUGGCGUUCAAGCAGAUGGAACAAAUAUCCAUGUUCCUCAAAGCUGCAGAAGAUUAUGGAAUCACCAAAACUGACAUGUUUCAGACUGUUGACCUCUUUGAAGGCAAGGACCUGGCUGCUGUCCAGAGGACCCUGAUGGCUCUGGGAUGUGUGGCUGUCACAAAGAACGAUGGGUGUUACAAAGGAGACCCCAACUGGUUCCACAGGAAAGCCCAAGAAAACAGGAGAGAUUUCUCAGAGGAACAGCUGACCGAAGGUAAAAGUGUCAUCGGCCUGCAAAUGGGCACAAAUAAAGGAGCAUCUCAAGCUGGAAUGACAAGCUACGGACAACCCAGGCAGAUCAACCCCUGAAUCCCAGCUGUGCUUUAACCCUCCUCCCAGACACUCCUCCUCCUGCCCUCUGAAAAGGCCAGCGAGGACGGAGAAACUCUGACUCUUACCUUGGCCAUUAGGAGAAAUGUUUCCUGAGUAUUUUCAAGGCUAAACUGGACCGAAACAGGGACCAAUGAGAACAUAUGCACAUAAGUCAACUUGAGCACACAUACAUAAAUAGAUACCUUUACCAGUGCGAGUAAACAAUUAGACAGAGCAUUUAACAUAGUAAAUUGUAAAUGAUAGUUUUUCUUAAAGGACCAUUCCAGUUGUUUUGCAUGUUUUAACCCACUACCUAAAAUGUACUUCACGUCACCGCAAACCUUAAGUCUUUACAAAUUGUUUUCAAGGCUAAACUGUAAACUUGCUUGAGAUAACUCACAUUCAACUUUUAGUUGACUUUUGUCUUUAUUUUAACACCUACACCAUUGCAGCAUGCAAAACCCUUCCUAUUGGUUCGUUCAAGUCCGAUAUCUGACAUUUGAGAAUCUUUAAUGGAUCCAUUUUGUUUUCCACAGUGUCCUUGUUUGCUUUUUGUUUAUCUGCCAGCACUGCUCUCAUGAUAAUGCAGAUAUCAAUUAUUGGACGUCAGGGUGGACUUGAAUGCAUCACUAUGGAGAGUUUUGAAAAGGUUCACUGCUCACAACUGCAACACAGCUAAAAACAAAAAGUGAACACGUAAGACAAAACGAUGCUAAUUGUUAACGUGAUCUCAAGCAAGUUUCCAGUCUCAUUUGUUGCGUACUGGAAUGAAUUGAAAGUGGCAGCCUGGAGGGUAAGAAGUGUACGGAGUGGUGUGGUUUACAAUCAUGUUAAGCACAAAAAUGUAAAGUUAAUAGGUUACAAAAAAAACAAAUCCACAGGUCUAGUCAAGUAUAAGUCAUUUUUGGAAGUGAAUUGCCUGGUUUUAAAAAGCUUUUUAAGAAAAAGAUAAAAUGCAGUCGUGUGUGUUCAUCAUAUAUAGUGGAGAUGAUUUUGAAAUAAAGUUUGAUUUACCUGUAAA